AUGGCAGCCAGCGAGGGUUCGGCGCGAAUUCAGUUCAAGGCGUUGAAGGGAUUUCCGGCAAUCACCACUGAUACUGAUAAGCUGGAGACACAGGCCUUCCUCGCCGCCUCCAAGGAGAUAGUAACCGUCAUAGAGAGCUUCGGCAAGCUAUUUACGCCCGUAAUCAGCGACAUGAACGGAAACAUAAACAAACUAACGAAAGCCUACGGAGUGGAUGUCUUGAAAUAUCAAUAUCUGGAGGAUUUGAUUGUGCUGAAUGUCAACGUUGACGACUUUGCGGCCAACGCUCUGCUUUGGCUAAAGCGCGGCCUUCAGCUGAUUUGCACUUUCUUCGAGAAUAUCUACAACGAUGCCCAGGCCAAGGAGGCAUUGAAGCAGCACCUGCAGGACGCCUACGAACGCACCCUGAAGCCCUAUCACGGCUUUAUAGUCCAAAGCACAAUUAAGAUCAUCUACAGCUGGGUUCCUACACGCAGUCAAUUGCUAGGCCAAGGAGCAGCUCAGGUAGAAAAUAUAGAGGUGCUGACCAGCUUUCUGCCUACUAUGCGUGCCCAUUUGGACUCAAUCGAUGCCUUACUGAAGGCGCACAAUCUGGACGAUGCACGGAAGGUGUGAUCGGUGCGAUCAUACCAUUCCUUAGCUUAGCUUAGCUUAAAUAGCUUAUACUACUUUAUUAUUUAUGCCAAUGUCCAAGUAAACCUCAGAGCCUUACUACA